GUCUCUGGUGAAAAACGUUAUUUCUUGGUGUCAGAUAAGGACCGUCAGACGGUUUUCAUCACACUCACGGUCAUCAGCCUGGUAGGCAACUUCCUUUUUUUCCUGAUCCAGCGACCAGACCCAGAACCGGCACCUUCUGAUGCUUCUGAGUCACUUCUGCCAGCAGACAUCUCUGAUAGUAACUCUGUGGUUCCAUCCCAGAGUCUGUGCUCUCAAGCAUUCGAGGCAUUCAAGAAAUCCAUACAGCUGGCUAUGACCAAAGAGAUGCUUUUACUGAGCAUACCCUUUGCGUACUCUGGUCUCGAGCUCACCUUUUACAGUGGGGUGUAUGGGACAUGUUUAGGGGCCAUGACUCAGUUUGGAGACGAUGCCAAGGGUCUUAUCGGCCUCUCUGGAAUUUUGAUAGGUGUUGGUGAAAUACUUGGCGGGGGAGUAUUUGGGAUCCUAGAUAAGUGUAAUCGUUUCGGCAGAAACCCGGUGGUGUUUUUGGGCCUGUUCACCCAUAUUGUGGCAUUCUUCCUCAUCUUCCUCAACAUAGCCAGUGAU